GAAAUAUCACGUUUGAGUGGUUGCCUCAGAAAGGCCUCCAAAACAAAAAGAACAGAGUUUGAAUACGAUGUCUUGGCUCAGAACGAAAAGAGACUGCGCUACUAUACUGGAUUCGCAUCACGCCUGCAUUUGGAGGCAUUUUGGUCGCUGUUAGAAGACGACGUGAACAGCCUGCAAUUUUGGAAUAUGAAAGGAACUGCAAAUGAAGACAGAAAGUUUCUGCUGCCGCUCAAGACACAGUUAAUAAUUGUGCUUAUGAGACUUCGGCUGGGACUUGACGGAGCCGACCUUGCAUUCAGGUUUGAUGUGUCGGAGAGCACGGUGUCCCGCCUAUGGGUAACCUGGCUUGACUUCCUACACAACAAGCUACGCCAGGUGCCCACAUGGAUGCCACCAGAUCUGUGUGACAAGUAUCGCCCACAAGCCUUCCUUUCCAAGGGAUUCAACACCGUGGACGGUAUCCUCGACUGCACAGAGAUCUUCAUUGAAACACCGUCAUCUUUUCGCGUUCAAAGUGAGACGUAUUCGUUGUACAAGAAGCACAAUACCGCCAAGGGACUGAUUGUUUGCAGCCCCAACGGAUUUGUGACAUUUGUCUCGGACCUAGCACCUGGCCGUUUGUCGGACAAGGCCUUGACCAAUCACUGUGGAAUCUUAGAUAAAUUCACUCCUGGGCGCAGCAUCAUGGCCGAUAGGGGAUUCACUAUUGCAGAUGAAUGUAAGACACGUUCGUUAGGUCUCAACAUUCCUCCUUUUAUGGGUGGACGGCCGCAGCUGUCAGAAAAGACGAAGAGGAAACAAGACGAAUCGCAAGCGUGCGAAUACAUGUUGAGAGAGUCAUCAGGAGGGUGA